AACUCACCAAAUUGGGCUUGAAGAAUCAUUCGGCAUCGAGACCGGGCUAGCUAGCUAGCUUAGUUUUGGCGGCGAGCUUAAUUAGCUAGGAACUAAAUGGAGCUCAUCACCGCGUGCGCGCUUCUCCUCAUCGCCGUCCAUAUUGCGAUUGUCAUCUCCUGCCCGGAGCCACUCGCGGCCGUUGCAUUAGUCGACGUGCCCCUCCUCUACCUCUGCCGCUACCUCCUCAUCAUACGCCGCGGUGUGAUCAUCGUCUCCGGCGCCGGCGCCGGCGGCGGCAGGUUGCGCCGCUUCCGCCUCGGGGCAGCCAUGGCGAUCAUCUACAUGGCCAUGUCGACCCUCUUCUUCCUCCGCAUUGCUCCUCUCACGCCAUGGUGGGGCGCCCUCGCCGCCUGGGUCAUGAUCCUGCUCAUCGUCGAGGCCAUCUUCGCCUUCUUCUUCCCCUACCGCUGCUGCUUCAACGAAACCGAAGGCGAUGUCCAGAAUAAUCCCCAUGUCUGAGAGAGAGAGAGGAAAGCUUUUGAAUUAUGAUACGCAUAUCGUAUGUCACUCUCGCGCUCAUCAGAUGGUACAUGCGAUAUCAAACUCGAUCUACUUUCUCAAAUA